AAAAAAGAAAAAGAAAAAACCCCGUUUCCCUCCCUACCCUUGUUUCUCUUUCCCUUUCCUCGGAGAUAUUUUUUUUGUCUUCUUUAUCUGAUGGGAAGCUGAAAGAUAAGACUAUCCCUCUUGAUUUUAAAAAUAAAUAAAUAAAUAAAAAAUUUAUUAUUAUUAUAAAAAAAGAAAAAGGGCCAAAAAAAUGGCUUCUAUGAAGCUGGGCUCUAAACCAGAGCUCUUCUCACGUGACGGUCAGACAUGGAUUUGUACAACAGGGCUUCAAAGUGAUGUUGUUGUUGAAGUUGGAGACAUGUCCUUCCGUCUCCACAAGUUUCCGUUGCUUUCCAGGAGUCAAAUAUUGGAAAAAAUGAUCAGAGAUAUUUGUGGUAAGGAUGGAACGAGCUGUGUUUUGCAGCUUCAUGACAUUCCUGGUGGCAUCAGAUCUUUCGAACUUGUAGUGAAAUUCUGUUAUGGUGUUAAAUUAGAAGUCACAGCUCUGAACGUGGUCAGCCUUCGGUGCGCUGCUGAGCACCUUCAGAUGACAGAAGACUAUGGAGAGGGAAAUCUUAUCUCACAGACCGAGAAUUUUCUCGUUGAAGUUCUCCAAAGCUGGAAAGACACGAUAAAGGCUCUCGAAACCUGCGAGGACCUUCUUCCGCAUGCAGAAGAGCUCCACGUUGUCUCGAGGUGCAUCGAAUCAUUGGCAAUGAAAGUGUGUGCAGACCCCUACUUGUUUGAUAGGUCCACGUCUGGACUCAGUUCUAUGCGAAACUCUAACGGCGGCAUUUUGUGGAAUGGAAUAAGUACAGGAGCUAAGCCGAGAUCUGUGAGUGAGGAUUGGUGGUACAAGGAUGUGUCUUUUCUAAGUUUAAAUAUGUAUAAGCGGCUAAUUUUGGCUAUGGAAUCAAGAUGCAUGAAGCCAGAGAUGAUCGUGGGGUCUCUUGUCUUCAACACAAAACGCUAUCUACCGGGUCUGAGUCGGCAUUCAAGCUUUCGCAAAAAUACUGGCCAAGGCGUGCAUGUUGCAUCUGUUUCAGUGGCUUCUGUAACUGAGCAAAGAGCCCUUAUCGAAGUGAUUGUGGAUUUGUUACCCAAGAAGAAGGGUGUUGCGUCGACCAAGUUCUUGCUUGGAUUGCUUCGGACUGCAAUGAUUUUACACAUGAAUCCGUCGUGUAGAGAGAACUUGGAGAAAAGGGUAGCAGAGCAGUUGGAUAAAGCUGCAUUGGAAGAUAUUCUUAUACCAAAUUUGGGUUACUCAGUUGAGACCCUUUAUGAUAUAGAUUGCGUCCAACGGAUCCUUGACCACUUCAUGUCGGCGGACCAAUCUGCAGUUGGAUCUUCCCCUUGCAUUGUUGACGAGGGGCCGUUGAUAGAAUCCCCUUCGCUGACGCCAAUGACAUCGGUAGCUCAGCUCAUGGAUGGUUACCUUGCGGAAGUUGCGCCGGAUAUAAACUUGAAGUUUCAAAAAUUUCAGUCACUGGCAGCCAUGGUCCCUGAUUAUGCCAGACCACUGGAUGAUGGCAUCUACCGUGCCAUUGAUAUAUACCUGAAAGCACACCCAUGGCUAACGGAUUCUGAGAAAGAGCAGCUCUGCCAGCUCAUGAACUGCGAAAAGCUCUCGUUAGAAGCCUGCACCCAUGCAGCGCAGAAUGAGAGGCUACCUCUCCGUGUGAUUGUUCAGGUCCUCUUCUUUGAGCAGUUGCGGUUGCGGACUUCAAUUGCCAGUUGGUUCUUUGUCUCUGAUAACAUCGACGACUCACAAGCCCCACAUGGGAACCUUGUGCUCUCCAAGGAUGAUGAUCCCGCUCCAGUGGAACCCACGAAGGAAAACCUCUCAGUUGGCAUCGAUAAUAUGAAAUUGCGGGUCUCGGACCUUGAGGAGGAGUGCUUGAGCAUGAGACAAGAGAUUGAGAAGUUGGGGAAGAAGAAUUCUUGGAACAUCUUCUCUAGAAAAUGUGGACUGAAACAGAAGUCCCGCUGCAAUGCCAAGGCGGCUGAUGACGGUCAGAAUCACAAAAAGCAGUGAGUGAUGUGUACUUACAUUGCACGCAUGCAUGUGCAUAUGAAAUCAUAUUAGCUGACAUGGAUGAUGCAUGCAUGUGUUUCUUGGUUCAUUUUUCACUCUCUUUUGAGAGCUCUGGUCAUAAUUCUUUCUUUGUGGAUUAUUUGAUGAUUCUGAUCAUUCCAACCAUGCUUUGGAAACUGCUUGUAAAUUGUCAUACAAUCAUUUGCAGCUGAUUUCCCUCACAUGUAAAAUUUGAGAGCUGUGCUUCUGCUUCUUGCCAA